AUGUCAGUCACCACCAUGGAUUCAGACUUUGCAUGUUUGAAACAAAUUCAACAAUACCUGCUUGACAAUGAUUCAAGCAUUCUAACAUCACAUCAAGCUCUUCCAAGCCCAAGCCACGAUAAUAGUUCACACACAAAUGAGUUCAAUUUUGAGCAUUCUAACACCACGGCAGCGCGUGAAGUCCACGCGCCUCCAAAAUGGAAGCAUUACCGGGGCGUGAGGCGUAGGCCGUGGGGGAAGUUUGCGGCGGAGAUAAGAGAUCCAAAGAAAAAUGGUGCAAGGGUUUGGCUUGGAACUUAUGUAACAGAAGAGGAAGCGGCUUUGGCUUAUGACAAAGCCGCUUUCAAGAUGCGAGGCCGAAAAGCCAAGCUGAAUUUUCCUCACCUCAUUGGCUUGGAUGAGCCGUUGGAGCCGUCGAGAACAACAGCUCCUAAGCGGCGGUUGACGGAAACUUCUCCACCAUCAUCACCAAAUGAUAGUUGUGAAUCACAAGGGUCAAAGAGGAGGAGGAGGAGCUUAGUUGAUCUACUAAAUAACUUAGCCAAAAAUAGAAGCCAAGCCAAGGUGGUUGAAAUGGCCUUAGAGGCAAAUGAGGUUGAACAAUGGGUGGAUGAAUUGAGUGAUUGCAGUUUAAUCCAGUGCUCUUAUUAG